GUUUGCAUCAAGCAGUCUACGUAACAACGUAUCAAUUGUUUCACUAACAGCCUGUCAACACGCUAUUAAGUUUUAUUCUUACGUUGUGUGAAACGCAAAAAGUAAAACGAAAAUAUGAAAAUUAGCUAUGAAUGAAUACAUUUCCGACUGAUGUUCAUUUCAGGCUCUUCGAAACGACAAACGCACCUUGAAACAAGUCGAUCUUGAUUGACAUUCGCUCUCAGACUAAAAUUAAAAAUGGCCCUCAAUUUACACAUCUAUAAGACCUUAAUUAAAGGAAUCCUUGACGAAAGACUGUUUAUUAUUUUCGUGGCUUUUUGAAUUAAGUGGAUUAUUUCCUAAGCGCAUUUGUUGCAAAUGGAUUAGUCUCGCAUCAGUUUUGAUCAAACUUAGCAAAAAAUAAAUUAAUUAAUCAAUUGAAAGAGGCUUUUACUUUCUUUUUUUUUCCUUUUUUUUUUCUUGGUUUUGUUUUCAAUUUUAAUGUCAGAUAUGGUGUUUCAGCUGACUGCCAAAUCUGGAGAAUUUUAAAAUCUCCCUUCGUGAGUCAAUAGCGAAACUUUGCAACCCUGUACACUAAAUGUCCUGAAAAUGAUCAACAUGCGUUGUUGAAUAUAAAAGAAAAAUUUGUAAAACCAACAACCGGCAAAAAUGGAGAAAAUUCUGUGAAACCACAGCUACUGUUUGGUCCAGUGUGGAACAAGUAAACCCAGUUUGUGUUUUUACGUGGCAUUUUUUAGAAUAUUCUCUUUGUCCUGUGCUGUGUUGGUCGAAAACCGUUGUGAGUUAUUCAAGAAAAAGUCCUCGAGUUCUUUUUUAAUAAGAGUUAGCUUCUGAAUUUGUUCACGUAGUACGUUUCAUACAGUUAACCUUAUAUUGGGCAUCACAAAGUGUCCUCGCAAGUUAAUGGUUCCACCGGAAGACACUGAUGGGUCGUCCUCAACCGAGAUCAACCGCUUUAAUUUGACUGGAUUUUCUGCCCUUGUGUUCGUCAAAGCUUUGGGAGUGAUAAAGCCUUUAUCGUCUCGUUAAUCGUCUCUUACAGUAAUGUUGCAAAUGUUGCAAAUUUUAGCCCUAGUGUAAGCUUCUUACAUCAUACCUUUGCGUUAGUUUGAACUCUGAACGGAACUAAGACACAGCGUGGCUGCCAAGCUUAAGCUUCCUAGUUACCAGUUUGUUUUCUUAUGUUUUGAAAUGAUCAGCCGUUGCUAUGAAAUUGCUCCCUAGCUGUUAACAUCUGUAAAGCUACCGGUUUGAUUUACGGCUUUGAAAGAAAAUAUUGUCCAAUACAUAUUGGGCUAAAGACAUAUGCACUUCUCAAAGCAGAGGCAUCUAAUGAUCAGAUGAUAAUGUCGAAAGGAAAAGGGAAUAUUGGACAAAUCCAUUUCCAAAUAGAAGUGGUCCACCAUGGAAAAUUAAGUGCAAGACUUAAAUUUAUUAAUUGGUAUUUCAUAUGUUCGUUUAGAUCGACGCUUGAAGUCAGAGCAACAGGUGUGAAAGCAAUUUAAUAACCACACAGUCUUCGAUUUUACAGUUUUGUUACGCAAUUUGAGCACUCCGUCAUCUUGACAAUUAUGACAAGAAGUCGACAAACAGUACGAGAAAUUUUAUAAUGUAUAAUUACAACCAGCUUGUCAUGGACAGAUGGAUUAACUCACGUGAGCUUCAUUGUUUUAUCUGUUUAACGACUGGAACUUGUCUUUUCUUUCAACAAUCCUUUCAGGCAACGAAAACAGGAAAAGGCGAAUGCGCCAUGAAUUUAAUCAUCCGUUAACUUCUCUCUAAAGCUGCUGCGAUGUAUGUUGCGCCGUGUUAGCUUUGUCACUUCGGGUGGUAUUCAAAUCACGGUUGAAUCAAAGAAAGGACUUGUUUACUGUAAAAGCAAACAAUAAAAGGCUGGUACUAAAAUGCCAAGAUGUUAAACCUAGUUACUGUAAUUUAAAGUCGAGAGACAAUGAUUGAAUUGUUUUCAUGGAGUAGUGUGAGGUAAUGAACUUGAAGGCAGCAUAGUAAUGCUAAUUUUCGUCCUCAUCUUUUGUUCUGGUUUUCUGACGCGUGGAAGUACAAAUCACAAAAGUGUACGCAAAGCAUACAGUUGUUGUGAGGGUUAGGACGAUUGAAAAGAACCUUGUUAGGGCCAAUUUUGUCCGGCUAUGAACUUCCGAUCGUAAAGAUGAUCCAAUUCGCAAGUUACAUCGACAGGCAAAAGUCCGGCCCGGGAAGUUCUGAAAAGUCCCAAAAAGUACACUCGGCUAAUUGGAAAGAAGAAAUACAGCUUAAGAAAGAGAUGGAUUGUUUAAAUAAACAGGAACAGCAAAGAGUUGCCAAAAUAUCGUCCGAUCAAAGACUUGUUGUACAUCGAUUUCAACGUAAACUCUCCCUUAGCGUGGACAUUGCAAAGAAGCACGACGAGGUUAAAGAGAGUUUAGACAGUAAUCACAAACGCGCUCGGGAAUUACGGAAACUACAGAACGAAAACAAUGAUACCAACGGUGAAGAGAGAAUGUCUUUGAGGCAGCUGCGCUGUUUAAGUGCAAGCCCUAAGCCGCCGUUGCCGAAAUUUAGAAGGGCAAAAUCAUGCGAGCCACCUCGCCUAGACAGCGCUGCAUUAUAUGGCGAAGAGCCGCAAUGCUUUACAGAAAAACCCGAUCUACCGCCUCGACCGAUGACAGCUCUGGAAAAGCGAAACAAAAUGUGGGAGAGACAGCUUAAAACUGUAACUCAAAGACUGAACCGAGCAAGAAGCGCUCCAGCGAGAACGUCAUAUUAUAAAGUCCCAGAGUUUAGCGUAAUGCAGAGAAAUAACGCCCGAGAUUCCAAAAAUGCUGGUCAAAAACAACGUCGACAUACUUCUUUAGAGAUUGACCUGGAAUAUUUUCGUCGAGUGCGUGAAAAAGAGCUUUAUCUCCAGAGACAAGCUGUAAAGAAUUUUAUCAAAAGUAUCGAGCCUUUAGAAUUGGUUCAAUGGACGCCAGGUCACGAACCGACUGAAAAUAACAACGAGCGAGAACUUGACUCUGUUGUUAUGACGGCAGUUAUGCUAAACAAACAGGACGUUGUGAACGUGAAUAGAUCAAAGACGCGUUCAGUAGGUUCUUAUAACGCAAAAGAUGUGUCCAUUGUGGCAACAAAACGAGGAAACGGUGAAGAAAGAAGUACUAAUAUGAUUAACAAAAAGAAACUGUUCAAUGCCUGGAGUUGAGAUGGAAAAUUAGGCCACAAUGCGUUUAUAUCAUGACUCUGAUUAUUUAUUCCUCGUUGAGUAAACAAACAAUUAGAUGAAAUUUUUUAACUAUGUGUGAGUGUACUUUGAGUGAAUAUGUCGACCUAAUUAUUGUUCAACAAGAAUUUUAUAUCUAAUCUGUGAAAUAAUUUGCAUAUAUCAUAGAUAUAGUUGAUCUUUGAAGUUGACAAUCACAGUGCAAUAUAUAAUUAAAAGAUAACCUGUACAUUCAA